UCGGAAUCUCUCCCUAUAUAAGCCAGCCGCCUUCCAAACUGCAAAAUCCACUUCCACCUGCUUCUCUCUCCGAUUCAUUUCGAGGCGGGAAAAACAAAACCUACUCAUAACUGAAACAUAAAUUAUUUAAAAACAAAUAUAGAAAAGUAAAAGAAAGACAGAAAGACAAAAGCUAUUACUUCAACAGUUUGAAUCGGAUUAGGGUUUCGGUUUUGGAGUUACGAUGGCGAAUUUCAAUAUCGUCGUCGAUGAAGAUCAGCAAUGGCUGCUCAACUGCUUGUCUGCUACUCUCGACCCUAAUCACGAGGUUCGCUCAUUCGCCGAAGCUUCGCUUAAUCAGGCUUCUCUGCAACCAGGUUUUGGAAGUGCGUUAUCCAAGGUUGCUGCUAACAGGGAGCUCCCAUUAGGGUUGCGCCAGCUAGCUGCUGUCCUUCUUAAGCAGUUUAUUAAGAAACACUGGCAUGAGGCUGAGGAAGCAUUUGAACAUCCUGCUGUUUCAAGCGACGAGAAGGCAGUUGUACGCAGACUUCUGUUGUUGUCUUUGGAUGAUUCUCACAGGAAAAUCUGUACAGCAAUUAGUAUGGCUGUUGCAUCUAUAGCAGUUUAUGACUGGCCAGAGGUUUGGCCUGACUUAUUACCGUACCUAAUGAAGUUGAUAAAUGAUCAAACUAAUAUGAAUGGAGUACAUGGUGCUCUAAGGUGCUUGGCUCUUCUCUCUGUUGACUUGGAUGAUACAGUGGUUCCAACAUUAGUACCAGCCUUGUUCCCAUGCUUGCUUAAAAUUGUAUCAUCUCCUGAGAUGUAUGACAAAUAUUUACGCACAAAAGCUCUUUCAAUUGUUUAUUCUUGUAUCUCCAUGUUGGGGGUGAUGAGUGGUGUAUAUAAGACGGAAACCAGUGCAUUAAUAGUGCCAAUGGUUAAGCCAUGGAUGGUUCAAUUCUCUAAAAUCCUCAAUCAUCCACUGCAGUCUGAAGAUCCCGAUGAUUGGAGCAUAAGAACAGAGGUAUUGAAGUGCUUGAAUCAGUUUGUUCAGAACUUUCCCAGCCUCAUUGAAAGUGAAUUUAUGAUUAUUGUAGGACCAUUGUGGCAAACCUUUAUGACUUCUCUUGGAGUAUAUGUGCGAUCAUCUAUUGAAGGUACAGAAGAUCCAUUUGAUGGAAGAUAUGAUUCUGAUGGGGCUGAGAAAAGCCUUGAUUCCUUUGUUGUCCAGUUGUUUGAGUUUCUGUUGACCAUUGUGGGUAGCGCAAAAUUGGUAAAGGUCAUUAUGAAUAAUGUGGAAGAGUUGACAUAUUACACCAUCGCUUUUCUCCAAAUAACAGAACAACAGGUUCAUACUUGGUCAAUGGAUGCCAACCAAUUUGUAGCUGAUGAGGAUGAUGUUACUUAUAGCUGUCGUGUUUCUGGUGCACUUUUGCUUGAAGAAGUGGUGAAUUCAUGUGGUACAGAAGGAAUCAGCGCCAUCAUUGAGGCUGCAAAAAAGCGUUUUAGUGAGUCUCAAAGAGAAAAGGAUGCUGGUUCUCCAAUUUGGUGGAGAAUAAGGGAGGCUACUCUUUUUGCUUUGGCUUCUCUAUCAGAACAAUUGCUUGAAGCAGAGGAUUCAGAACUGACAAGAGUUGGCUCAGGAAACCUACUGGAGCAAAUAAUCACGGAAGACAUUGGAUUAGAUGUACAUCAAUAUCCCUUUCUUUAUUCUCGUAUCUUUUCAUCAGUUGCUAAAUUCUCCUCAGUGAUCAGCCAUGGAGUUCUUGAGCACUUUCUCUAUGCUGCUAUCAAAGCAAUUAGCAUGGAUGUGCCCCCACCUGUCAAAGUAGGUGCCUGCAGGGCUCUUUCUGAGCUCCUACCUGAAACAAAUAAAGUUAUAAUUCACCCGCAUCUGAUGAGUUUGUUUCAAUCACUGUCAGAUCUUCUUAAUCAGGCAUCUGAUGAAACCUUGCACUUGGUACUUGAAACACUGCAAGAGGCAAUUAAGGCCGGUUACGAAUUAUCGGCAUCAAUAGAGCCUAUCAUCUCUCCUGUUGUCCUGAACAUGUGGGCAUCACACAUUUCCGAUCCUUUUAUCUGUAUUGAUGCAAUUGAAGUUAUGGAGACACUGAAGAAUGCUCCUGGUUGUAUUCGUCCACUGGUUUCUCGAGUUUUACCAUAUGUUUGGCCAGUCCUGAAUAAACCCCAACAGCAGCCUGAUGGAUUAGUAGCUGGAUCAGUGGAUCUUGUAACAAUGUUAUUGAAAAAUGCUCCUAUUGAUGUGGUGAAAACAGUAUAUGAUGCCUGUUUUGAUAGUGUUAUACGAAUAGUCCUUCAAAGUGACGAUCACAGUGAAAUGCAGAAUGCAACGGAAUGUUUAGCUGCUUUUGUAUCUGGUGGAAGACAAGAUGUGCUUGCUUGGAGUGCUGAUUUAGAAAAUACAAUGAGAAGAUUGCUUGAUGCGGCAUCAAGGCUUCUAGACCCUGAUUUGGAUAGCUCUGGUUCUCUUUUUGUUGGGAGCUACAUUCUGCAACUUAUUUUGCAUCUGCCAUCACAGAUGGCACCCCAUAUUCGAGACCUGGUUGCUGCUCUUAUUAGGCGCAUGCAAUCUGCUCAAAUAGCAGGAUUGAGAAGCUCACUGCUACUCAUUUUUGCUCGAUUGGUCCACUUGAGUGCCCCUAAAGUUGAACAGUUUAUUGACCUCCUGGUCACCAUCCCAGCUGAAGGCUAUGAUAAUUCUUUCGUCUAUUUAAUGUCAGAAUGGACUCAGCAGCAAGGUGAGAUCCAGGGGGCUUACCAAAUUAAAGUCACUACUACUGCUUUGGCCUUAUUACUAUCAUCUAGGCAUGCUGAAUUAGCAAAAAUUAACGUGCAAGGAUAUUUAUUUCAGUCUGCUGCUGGAAUAACCACUCGUUCAAAAGCUAAAUUCACUCCAGAUCAGUGGACUGUGGUGCCACUUCCUGCAAAGAUAAUGGCUUUAUUGGCAGAUGCAUUGGUUGAAAUCCAAGAACAGGAUAGUGACUGGGAAGAGGUUGAGGCAGACGAUGUGGAACUUGAUAAGGACUUGAUGUAUUCAGCUGGUGUUACAUCCUCCGGCAGACCCUCACACCAACAUCUUGAAGCAAUAGCAAAAGCAUUUAAUAAGGAUGAGGAGGAGGAUAGGUAUGAAGAUGAUCAACUAACUGUGGCUGAUCCCCUUAACCAGAUUAAUCUGGCGAACUAUCUUGCGGAGUUUUUUGUAAACUUUUCUCAGAGUGAAAGACAAAUGUUUGAUCAUAUUUUCCAGAGCCUGACGCAGGAUCAAAGGAAUGCUAUUCAAAUGGUACGAGCUCUGUGAAGAUUUUAGUGGAUGUGUUAAGGUUGGAUUGUUUGCUCCUAAGCCAGCCAUCGUCCAAUUGUUUUCAUAAAGGAAAAGAUUAUUAACCCCGAAGAAAGGGAAGGAAAAAAAAGAAUAUGUAUUUCAAGCUAAGGUCGCUCCUGAGGAUAUGACUGCCUGCCUUUGGAAGUCUCGUUUCUGUAUCGUUUAUGCCUUUGGAAGUCUCGUUUCUGUGUCGUUUAUCAAAUCUCAGUUAUAAAUGCCGAGGCCAUUCAAUACAAAUUUUUCGAGUGCAGUUGAUCAGUAGCCACAAUGCAGAAUUAUAUAGAGCCGUGUAUUUGUUUGAUUUGUUGUGAAUAUUGAGGAAAACAAUAAUUAAUUCCAAUCAAGAGCAUGAACAUUGUACCUCUA